GAGCCGAAAGAGGUAGUUGAUGUAAAUUGGUUGGUACUAUCCGUUAUUAUCGUAUUCAGUCAUAGAAAUUACUGUAAAUCAACAAGUGCGUAUGAAUAAAAGGAUAUAAUGGAAAGCUGAAAUGCAAAGUAAGAUGGCAAGUAGGGAAGGUUCUUACUUUGGAGGUGAAAAACAAAAAUAUAAUUAUCUUCCAUAUGGAUAUGGAGGAAGUAAUGUGCAGCCUUUCUCUGGAGCAUCUGUUGGCUGGUCAAGCUACCCUAUUUCUGUACCAGGUCCACAAACGCCCGUAGAUGGGCUCCAGCAAUUAAGUACAUCAUCUUUCACAUAUCAGCCCUUGCAGCCAGUCUCAUCAAACUUUGUAAAUCAAACCAUGCAUGGUACAAAUACAAAUGGAAGGUAUUUUUUUGAAGAAUUUAAAACUAACUUGAAUCCAAAUGACGUACGUUUGGAAGUGGCAGCAUCAUCAUCUCUGACACCUACUGCAGGGGAAUUUAUUCCAAGACCAAUAUCAUUGCAGUUGGAUUCCAAAUUAGGAGGGGGUGCUGAAGAGGUAGAUACAAAUUGUGGGAAAGUGUCAGAAGAAUGUAGACCAUUGACGUCAAAUUCUUACAACAACUGUGAUCGAGGAAGCCACGUGUUUAGAAGACAUGGUGGCAGUGAUUCAAAAUAUUUUCAUUCCACCCGAAACCCACCCUGUGGACCUGUUCACAAUGAUGUUUAUGUUAAUCGGAGAGGAAAUGCCCGUGCAGUGUUACAGAAUACUGCCACAAAUUCUAAGUCAUAUAAUAUGGAGAAAGCAAAGAAUCAAGAUCGACAGAGGUUGCUGGCUGAAGCAGCAGCGUUUUUAACGUCAUCAGGUAGUUCCAGUGUGGUACCUGUCUCAGAUGUCAACAGUAAUUCAAGUACAGAAAUGAAACAACAGAAUAUGAAUGUUACUUCUCAGUGUCGACAUAAAUAUAAAGGAGAAUUUAACAGGUCAUUCAUGCCCCCAAACAAACAUAAUGGUGAUGCAUCAGGUGUGAAUUUUAAGAAUUAUAUUCAGCAGCAGCAGCAAGAAAACUUGGGCCAAUCAAAGAGGAGAAAUGAUGGCUCUUGCAAUCAGUAUAACCAAGGUGGCUCUCGUAAUGAACGAAAUGUGACAUUAUCCAAAACCAGCAACGGAAACAAACUGAACCACCAGUAUCGACUUGCUAGUUAUAAUAGUGGAUAUAGUUUUCGUGGAGCAGGAACUUUAGAGUGUGCAUCCCCCAGGAAGGAGGCAGAUCACAGUGGAGACCACAGUGUUAAUACAACAGAUGAUGGUGCCAGCCAGAGAGAGCGUCUUACUGAACAACUGACACGUGGGAUGCUUGAAUGUCUGGUAUGCUGUGACAGAGUCCGGCAACACGAUGCUGUAUGGAGUUGUACCAACUGCUACCAUGUGUUGCAUUUGAAAUGUAUUAAGAAGUGGGCUAAGUCUUCAAAGGCAGAAUCAGGUUGGCGAUGUCCUGCUUGUCAAAAUGUGACAUCCAAGAUCCCACAUGAAUACCAUUGCUUCUGUGGGAAAAUGCGUGAUCCAGAAUGGAAUCGAAUGGAUGCAGCACACACAUGUGGACAGGUGUGCGGGCGUUCUCAGAAUGCACGACAUCCAGACUGCACUCAUAGAUGCACUUUGCUCUGUCAUCCUGGUCCCUGCCCAGACUGUACAGUCCAGGUCAACAGGAAGUGUGGUUGUGGGAAGAAGUUACAUCUUGUCAAGUGUGGAUCAGAUCAGCCCCUGCUCUGUGGUGGAGUGUGUGCGAAAGACCUCAACUGUGGUGUCCAUUACUGUCCCAAUAAUUGUCACACUGGUAAUUGUUCUGAAUGUCAGGAGAAGGUAACACAAGAGUGUCACUGUGGGAAAGAGGUACGUGAAGUUCUGUGUACCCGAGAGUCCUCAGCUUCAAAAUACUUUUCCUGUGGUGGAGUGUGUGAAAGAAAACUCUCUUGUGGGAACCAUCCUUGUGGUCUGAAAUGUCACCCUGGACCCUGCCCUGACUGUGAACUUUCGCCAGAUAAGGUGACACAUUGCCCCUGUGGGAAGAUGUCUCUGGCAGAUAAACAGAUCCGAUCAAACUGUUUGGAUCCGAUCCCUACUUGUGAACAGAAGUGUAACAAAAGACUGCAGUGUGGACAGCCAAGUGAUCCACAUUUAUGUCAGCUGGAUUGUCACAGUGGACCGUGCCCUGUGUGCCCUCUGACUACAAUGGUUAAGUGUAGAUGUGGCAACAUGGAUCGGGAAAUAUUGUGCCAGGAUCUUACCACUAAGGCUGAUGAUGCUAGGUGUGAAAAGAAAUGCACGAAGAAACGGUCGUGUGGAAAACACAAAUGCAACCAGCUCUGUUGUAUUGAUCAGGAUCAUGUAUGUCCCCUUCCUUGCAACCAUCAGUUAAACUGUGGACAGCAUCGUUGUGAAGACACUUGCCAUCGUGGUCACUGUCCACCUUGUUGGAGAACAAGUUUUGAUGAGCUGUACUGUGAAUGUGGAUCAAGUGUAUUGUAUCCUCCCAUACCUUGUGGCACAAGGCGCCCAGAAUGCUCAAGACCCUGCUCACGACCUCAUUCCUGUGAACAUCCAGCUCUUCAUAAUUGCCAUAGUCAACCUGUUUGUCCACCAUGCACAGUACUUACACAGAAAUACUGCUACGGUAAACAUGAGUUGCGAAAAAGUGUACCAUGUUAUCAGACAGAGCUUUCAUGUGGUCUUCCAUGUAAUGUGAAUUUGCCUUGUGGACGUCAUCGUUGUAUUUUACCUUGCCACAAGGGACCAUGCCUUAAGGAGGGCCAAACUUGCACACAGCCAUGCACUACACCACGAAGCCUCUGUGGUCAUAACUGUGCAGCUCCUUGUCAUGAUGGGCCAUGCCCAGAUACACUGUGUAAGGAAAUGGUGAAGGUAACAUGUGAGUGCAGACAUCGUUCAAUGAGUCGAGCAUGCUCAGACAACACAAAAGAGUACCAGCGUAUUGCAACCUCACUCCUUGCUUCCAAAAUGGCUGAUAUGCAGCUUGGUCAUUCUGUUGACAUUACAGACAUUCUGGGGAACCCUUCAACUAGAAAGAUGAGCCUGAAGACAUUGGACUGCACUGAGGAAUGCCGUGUAAUUGAGCGGAAUCGUCGGCUUGCUAUUGGACUACAAAUCCGUAAUCCUGACUUGAGUGCUAAACUCACACCUCGCUACUCUGAAUUCAUGCGUCAGUGGGCUAAGAAAGAUCCCCAUUUCUGUAGCAUGGUCCAUGAUAAACUUACAGAGUUGGUACAGCUUGCUAAACAGUCAAAGCAGAAGAGCCGUAGCUAUUCAUUUGAUUCAAUGAAGAGAGACAAGAGGCACUUUGUUCAUGAGUAUUGUGAACAUUUUGGCUGUGAAUCAGUUGCUUAUGAUCAGGAGCCAAAGCGCAAUGUAGUAGCUACAGCUGCUAGAGACAAGGCCUGGUUACCAAGCAUGAGUCUGUUAGAGGUGAUACAAAGGGAAAAUGGCCAAAGGAAAAUUCCUAAACCUGUCAUAAGCAAAGCCCAUUCACCAUCACAGAGAGCCAUGGAUAUUUUGCCAGUGAAGUGUUCUCACUCACAGUUAACUUCCAGUGCAGUUAAAUCUGCUAGUUCUAUUCCAGCCAUAAAAUCCAGUCCAGAGGAAGAAGAAAUCGAUUACUUUGAUUUCUCAUAAUUUUAAUCAGAUAAAUCAUCCAAUGAGAGGUGCAAGAAUAUUUGAUCAAAAAUGGGAAAUGUCUUUCAUGGUGAAGGUACCAAUGAUUCAAAAUCUAUAAAAGAUAAAAAUAUAUAACAUUUAAUACAUAAAUAAAUAAAUACAGUAUAUGAAAUGUUAGAGACUGGAGCUCUUAGAUGUCCCCCUCCAAGUACUCAUUGUUAGAGGGAUACAGAUACAAUUGCUCCUAUGAUGGUAAUAAUUUUGGUGCUUUGUUUCUGCUUAUUAUAAAAUUUGUGAAUAUUGAAGGUGCAGUUAGAACUAUAAGCUAUUAGUAUAAAUUCUGUAAUACCAUCAGCAUACCUUGCAACUUUUGUUUAUUAAUUUCCAUGCAAUUAGAUGAAAUGCCCCCCCCCCCAAUCAAAAAACCAGUUUACUUUUUUGUGCAGUUAUAAAGUUACUUCUUGAACAAGGUUAUGAAUACUGUACAUACUAUUGCUGUGAUUUGAAUAGAGUUGUUAAAUUGUAAUAACAAAUAAUUUUUAUAUAUAAUCAAGAAGAACAUGAUGGAUUUUGUUGACAGUAUGUAAACUCGUGUUAUAAUGGUAUAUCUAAUUCAGUUUAGUUGGGAUUUUUUUGGUUCAUCUUUAUUUAAAAAUAAUUCUAUGUAGUAGUCUUCUUAUCUACAUAUGGAAGAAAUGCUGGUAUUAGAAAAAGUGACAUUCUAGCCUUCAUUAUAAUUGCUCCAUUGAUUUCCAUUAUCAGUUGCAGAAUAUUGUUCUUGUUGUUGGAACUGUAACUUGGAUAAUUGUUUUUGCCAUUUAUAAUGUGUAAAAACAUAGAAAUUGAUGAAAAAUUGAACUGCAGUGUGAGAAGUAUGGAUGCAUGGAGGUUUUAGCAUUCUGGGAAUAUUGGUUGUGUUGAAUUCUUGAUUUAUUUUCCUUCCAUUCUUUAUGCUGGAAUUAAGUACCAAAAUUGCUUUUUGCCAGUUGGCUUUAUAGUGGUAAAGCUGCACAAAAAGACAAAACUUCAGUGUUUACAUGGUGUAUGUGUGUCUGUAUACACACACACACACAUUGUGAUAUAGGCCUAUGGAUGAAGAAAAUGUAACAGUAAUGUAUACUUUGUGUGCUGCAAGCUGCAUAUACAUUAGCAAAACGGUGAUGGAUUAUGUAAUACAGAUGCUGUGAAUGCAUGAUUGUAAGUUUAUACAAGUGUGAAUUAAAGGAGAUUCAGUGUUUA